UUAAACUCAGCUGUUUAUGCAAUUUGGGAGUGUUUGAGACAGCGAUCCUUAAAUUUGUUGCAGCGCACUGAAGUUCUGCGAAUAUGAACAGGGUCAUUGUCUGCGUGUUUACAGUCGCGUUGAUCUUUGUACUUGGCCAUUCACUGGAGUGUUACAAGUGUGACAUUGGAUUCUGGCAAUUGUGUUUCACCUCGAGGACCACAUGCAGCCCAGGAGAGAAGUGUUUCCGUGGGGUUGGACAAGCUGCACAUGUUAUUGACAUCAUGAAGAAAGGCUGUCUUAAACAAGAUGAGUGUGACCAGGUGUCCACAGUGGAGUUCUUUGCAAACAGGACCAUCUACACCAUGAACAACACGUGCUGUGCAACAGAUCUCUGUAACCAUGCCCCUGGCCUCCGGUGGCUAUCCCCAGUCUCCCUCACUCUGGCAACACUGGCCUCCAUGCUGGUGGUUCCAGCAUUCUUCUGAGCUGACCUCUUCAGGACCGCUCCCAAAUGACUGAUCAGUUGGUCUUUAACUGCAGUCAGAUGCACUGUUCAUCCAGUUCCUGUGGAUUCUGACUAUUUUCUACUCUGCUUAUAAAAUGUGCUGAGGCAAAGAGUUGAUGCAAUCUUAAAAUCAACUUCAAUGUUUUCCCUGUCAUUGACUUAAGACUUCCAUUACCCUAACCUCAAACAGGACAAUGUUAGGGUAAAUUAAAAUUUGUCAGGACUUAAGUCAAAUCUUCUGAUUUGGGUUUUUAUGAACUGGUCAGUUUUUCCAAGGGUCUCUAAUUUGCAUCACUAGGCUUUCCCUUGUUUAAGCUGUACCAUUUAAUUGUCCAAGAUUAACAGCUUCAUUUGGUAUUGAUUUGUAUUUGUUUGUUUUAGUUUGAAUUUUAUCUGGGGGGAAAAUGCUUAAUCGUACUCUAUGCUUAUUAAAAAAA